CGAGAAAGCAAAUGUCGGCUCAGCGAGUAGCGCACAUCUAGGCUCAAGGGGUGGCACCACUGUGACCUGAGUUGUAUCCUAGAAGCACCACUCACCUGCAUCUAGAAGUACCUGAACGUGGAGGAGCUGCUUGAUGCAUGUUGUCAGGAUCCCUCUUCUGGUCGUCUUUGAAAGCACUAGCUAAUUGAGCGGUCCAUUUGAUCUGCACGUAUAGUCGCUGCCUGUGAUUGCAAGCUGGUGGACUUCUUGCAAUUGUUGGUGCCACUAUGUCGGAUUCCCAAGAGGUGGUCGCAGGUGCCGGAUGGGGUAAUCUUUCGCUAGAUGAACCUUCAUCACGUCCAAGUACAAGUUCAAAGCCUGCUACUGUUCCUAGUGAAAGUACUCGAGCUGCAGCAAUUGGUGGUCAAGGCCAGAUGCCCGAGUGCUCUAGAUGGAACUGCAUUUAUCCUGCCUACAUUGACAAGAAGAAGUCGUCGCAGCAGGGGCGGAGGGUGCUUGCUACCCUGGCUGCAGAGAAUCCACAGGCGUAUGAGAUUGCCGAUUGCUGCACGUACUUCAAAUUGCCAACAGUCCUUGAGUUGAACAAGAGCUACUCGAGAGACUUCCUUCAGCCUGGGAGAGUGAGGGUUCAGAUAAAGCGAGAAGACGGCUCGCCUGUGAACCCAGCAAUACCCAAUCGGAAGAAGUUGCUCGAGGAGGUGGCCAAGAUGGUGCCCAAGCACACGGGUAGGCAAAAGAAAGCGGCAGAACCGGCUGCAGGGGGCAGUACUUCUGGUGCAAAGUCCGGGAAAUCGGGAAAGAAAAAGAAGUAGAUGUUUUUGCUGUGAGGUCCUGAGUUGCUGUUGGAAAACCAAUCCUUUGCAGGGUACAGACCAACACGAGACAUGGUACUUCCUUUAUUGAGUGCAUGAUGACGUAGGUAAAUAGGGUCCGAAUUUCACUGUUCUCAACCUCAAUAUCUGUACCUUCCCUAAGGACAAACAAGCC